AUGGUGCCGAAGAAGAAGUUGAAAAAUAAGGCUAAACCUAAGUUGAAGACCAAAGAAGAAUCGGAGACAGAUGAAGAGAAUUAUGAAGUUGUCGAUCUAUCUGCAGUCCCGACACCAAAAGUAGAAUUUAUGAUGCCCAAUCUUACACCGUUGGAAAGUUACAAAAGUGAGCCUUCCUUGUUCAUUUACUGGAUACCAGUUCAAUUGUCGAACACAACAGCAGAUUGCAGUGGAUUAAUGGAAAAAUCACAACCGGGAGAUGAUCUUCCGCCGAAGCCCAAGCCAAGCAAGAAACCAAAAAAGCGGAAAGCUUCGCCGUCUGCUGGUCAUGUGCUGACUGCUGAGCAGCUGAACAACGAGAUAGUGGGAAUGCGUGCCGUCAUAAAUAAAGCCCGCAUGUCUCUCGUCCGGCAUCUUGUGAGGAAGCUGAAGCGAUUAAAAUCGGUCGUUGCGAAAAAGCCAUCGGAAGUAUUGCAGAGGAAGAUGCGAAGGUACGAGGAGGAGAUACACGCCAUGAAGACCAUUGCACGGGAUGACGUUUCGAAAUUUGCACUUUUGAAUAAAAAGAGUCUGAAUGAGCUGCGCAUUACGGGAACAACUCCAGUGAAAGAGCGUUGUCUCUGGAAGCUUGCCUGCGAACGUUGUGUUGUUAAAGCUGUUGAAGAAUAUCGCACUCGUUUCCCGAAUUCUGAAGCGACUACGGCAUUUUUUCUUCAACGUCUAGGACUCCAAUAUUCAGUGGAUAAAGAAAUGAACAAUUUCAAAUCUCUCGAUUCGAAGAAGGACGAAGGUGAUGAUGACUCACAGGAAGCAUGUACUACUAGUAACGCCAUUGUCAGCACAAAGAGGAGAGAACCAUCAGACUCUGAAAGCGAAAGUGAGGCAAGUGAUGGUGAUGUCUCGAACAGAAAAGGUAGACUUUUCGAUUCCGACAUAUCUUCCGAAGAAGACCGCGGCAUAAUCAUCGGUUCGGAUAGCGAUGAUGACGGAGGUAAAGCCGCGGAAAAUCGUCUGAAGCUGUUACUGAGUUCUCCAAAAGAACCUAUGAAGUUGACCAAGAAAAAGAAAAGCCUGAAGAAAAGUAAAGGUGCGGUGCUGCAAGGCAAUGCAUCUACAAGUUUGAAGAAAGAAACGGGAGCUAUGGCGAGAGGGGAAAUUGUAUUGGAAAAACCUGUGUCAAUGGAAGCUAUGGCUGUCGUAUCCGAAAAUGGUCAUGAAAAUGAAAAUGAUUCUCCAUCCUACAGUUUCUUCCUUCCUGCCUCUGCAGUUCCAGACAUCGAAGCAAAGCGUGUACCUACAGCUACGACUUCAUCGAAAGCUGAAGCUCCUCAAAAACAUGACGGUGUGAAGAAGUUGAAGAAGUCCAGCGGAGAGAAGGAAAGCGGUAGUCCUGUUAAACUCAAGAAGAAGAAAAUGUUACCUGGUAAUCAAAUAACUUCUAAGGCUAAGGAGUCUCAUAGUCCCAUCGCUACGACUUCUUCAAAAGCCACAGUUCUUCAAAAACAUGACCGUGCGAAGAAGUCGAAGAAGUCCAGCGUAGGGAAGAGGAAUGGUGGCCUUGUUGAACUCAAGAAGCAAAAAAUGUUGCCUGAUCAUCAAAUGAACUCGAAGGCUAGUGAGUCUCAUAUUCCCAUCGAUGAACUUCAUCCUUCAUGGGCAGCCCGUCGCCGUGCUAAAGAACAGCAAAGCAUGGCGCCUCAAGGCAAAAGAAUCGUUUUCAGUGACGAUUAG